GUUUACUUAAUCCCCAAGAUAACUAUCGCCUCUCUUCGUAACCAUUUUUACAAUAUAGGAUUGAAAAUUCUCGUCAUUUCUUUUUCAUAAACCCUUUCAAAACCAAAACCAAAAACCCUUCAACUACUUUAAAUUCAUAAACAAAAACAAAAUAUUACAACAUCUCAAGUUUAAGAUUUGUCUGAUUAGUGUUGGUACCAACUUUGUCACGACUCGGUUUUCUCGGCAUCGAGACGGGGGCUAGAAAAGGGAGUUCUCUCUCUUUCAAUCUCUACCGACUAGCCGUUAUUUGUUGUUUUUCUUUCUAUCCGUUAUUUUCAUAUUCUUGGAAAUUCUGAGUCCGUUUUCUCAAAGAAAUUAACUUGAAAACUCAAUUUUUCUUUCCCAAAAAGGUAAAUUCUUGAAGACCUAAGUCAUGAGUUCCAAAAAGCAAGGUGAUAAAAUCCGGAAGUCUCCAGUAAAGGGUUCAAGAAAAGGUUGUAUGCCCGGAAAAGGCGGGCCGGAGAAUCAGAAUUAUCGAUAUAGAGGUGUUCGACAGAGAAUUUGGGGGAAAUGGGUUGCAGAAAUUAGAGAACCAGCAGGAAAAAAGAGCAACUUAAAUGAAACAGGGAAUAGAAAAAGACACUGGCUUGGUACAUUUUCUACUGCAGCUGAAGCAGCUCUUGCUUAUGAUCAUGCAGCAAGAAAUAUAUAUGGUGCUGAUGCUGUUCUCAAUUUUCCUCGUUACUCUUCAGAAACAUCAUCAUCGUCAACUCGGGUUUUUAAAACAGAAUUGAAUAGCUGCGAGGAUUAUGAGUCUGAUAAAUCAAGAUUGAAUCUUUUUUCCGAUUCGGAGAAAGCCCAUUUUUCUGUUGCUGAGGAAUCGAAUGAGAAGAAACUCGAAAAAUGUCAGGUUGGGGAGAGUAUUUCAGAGGAUUGCAAUUCGAAUUUAAUGGAUUUAGAAUUCAAUUGGGGUUCAAUGGAAGAGCUCAGACUGAUGGAGCAAUGGUUCCCUGAAUCAGGAUUCUGAAAAUGCUAGUGGCUUCUAUUUAGAUUUUUCUUAGCAAGAACACAAUUUAAUGGUGUAGAGAUAAUAUAGUUGCUCAUAUCUAGUCCAAUGAAAAACAACUUAUAUUUGUCACUAUGCAUCUUUUGGCUACGAUUUUCAGUCAUACGUAUCUUUCAAUUAUACAUUCCGCUCUUUGGAUAA